AUGAUGGUGGUGGUGGUGGUGGUGGUGGUGAUGGUGGUGGUGGUGGUGGUGGUGGUGUUGGUGUUGGUGUUUGGGGCAGGUUUCCCUCCAUUACCGCAAGUAAGACUCCUGGACGCCUCCCUGGCGAGGACCAGCCCUUGUGUGUCCGUGAGGCAGCUGAAGGCGUUUCGAGGGAUUUUCUCCACAUCAAUCUCAUUGUUUUCUAUAUGGACUGAGGCCAAGGUGGUUCCUAAGUUUCGAGGAUGGCACACUCCCCAUUUGUUCACCAGCCUAUAG